UCAACAGGAGCGAAGUUUUGUCUACGCUAUCUAUAGAUCAUUGAAUUUUAAAGAGAACGUAAACUACGAGAAAUGUGAUGAAUGUUAUGAAAUCCGACGAAGAAUGCUAAGUGAACGAAAAAAUCUAUUGCGCUGUGGAAAAUUGUAACAUAUAUAAAAUUUGCGAUUUCACGCACCACGGUAUCAGUGUGACGUUUACGAAAAUGGCACUACAAGAAGAUGAAAACACCUGGUGAGUUUAUUUUCAAAUUCCUCUGUUAGAUACAGAGGCACCAUCUGCAUCUGACAUAUAUGCAAUUUGUAAGGGGCAAGCUGUUCCUACAAACUUAAGACCAGAUGUGUGGCAAGCUUGUUUAGAUGUCAUUGAUCAGGGUAAUCAAUUAAGUCAGUUUAAUGAAGUUUUUGAUUUACCUGAACAAAAUAUCAUUCGUGAUGAUUGUCAGCAGUUGGUUGCAAAACUAGGAAAUGACGAUGAGGACAAAGUUUCCAUUGUUUCUGAUUUAGAGUCUAUUUUAACAUUUUAUUGUAAGAGUAAAGGAAAACAGUAUAAAAGAGGAAAUGGGUGGAUAGAGUUAUUGGGUCCUUUAAUAGCUUUAAAACUUCCACGUAGUGAAACAUAUAAUUUAUUUGAAGCAAUAAUAGACAUUUAUAUUCCUAGGGGUGAAACAUAUAGCUCUGUGUUAAGAUUGUUACUACUUUACCAUGAACCAGAAUUAUGUUCUUUCUUGGACACGAAAAGAGUAUCUCCUGAUCAGUAUACAAAAGGAUGGGUGACCACCUUAUUUGCUGGUGUGUGUUCUUUGCCAGCUGUUUAUACUAUGUGGGAUCUAUACUUCAUGCAAUCUGAUCCAUUUUUUAUGUUAUUCCUUUCGCUUAUAAUGGUAAUAAAUGCUAGGGAGCAAAUUUUAAGUAUGAAAGAUAAUGAUAAGCAGAGUAUAAUAGAUGCAAUUGCUGCUAUGCCUUGUGCACUGGAAGCAGAAGAUGUAACAGACUUUUGUUCAUUGGCACAAUAUUAUGCAAUGAAGACACCAUCGUCUUUUAAAUAUGAUUUAUACCCUAUUAUGUUUGGCGAUCGUUACGAUGAAAAAUGUGUAUCACAUGUGCUUUGUUUGCCUGUAUCAGCCCAAGAAUUAGUUGAAAACUCUAUCGAAAGUCCGUCCGUACCUAAUACCUCCGUUGAAUCUGUCAGAUUUUUUUUAGUGGACUGUAGACCUGCCGAGCAGUAUAACGCAGGGCACUUACCUACUGCGUUCCACCUAGAUUGUAAUUUGAUGUUGCAAGAACCUGCUGCUUUUGCCACAGCAGUGCAAGGAUUGUUGCAGGCACAACGACAAGCACUGGCUGUUGGAUCACAAGCCGGUGGUGAACAUCUUUGUUUUUUGGGAAGCGGUAGACAGGAAGAAGAUCGGUAUACACAUAUGGUAGUUGCAUCCUUUUUACAAAAGCAUACCCAAUAUGUCAGUAUGGUUACAUCGGGAUAUCAAGCUAUACACGAAUAUUUUGGUGAUGAAGUUAUUUCUAGUCUUAUCGAUCAUAAUUCACAGCAUUGUUUAGUAUGCAAUGCUAAUAUAUUAGAGGGAAAUUCUAAUGAAACAAGUCCUGCUAAGGUUAAAAAUAACAAUUCAGACUUCUUUGGAAAGAUAAAGAAAGUGAAGGGAAAGUUAUUCGAUUAUAUUGUUAAUCCAUCAGCAAGUGUUCAUAAUAAUAUAGAGAAUAUAAACGGUAAAGAUUUAGAUUAUAUUAAACGUCAAAAGAAAACGGCUCCUGUAUUUAGUAUAGACGAUGAUCAAGAAUUGGAUAUGACAAUGACGAAUAAUGAAAGUGAAGAACCUGUUGAAGUUGUAUCUAUACAACAAUGGAUGAAAGAUCCAAAAUUGUUACAUUCCUUUAAAUGCCAAGAAGUGAAAGUCAACGGAGAUCUCUGUGAUAGUAUACUUUUGGUUACUGAUACACACCUUAUAGUACUUCGAGAAAUACAAGAGAGGAAAGGUGCAGCACAUGUAAUUGUGAAACGUCCUUUAACAAGUAUUGUUAAAAUAACGUCUAGAAAGAGACAUGCAGAUUUGAUCACGUUCAAAUAUGGUACAACGCAGUAUAACGACACGGUCAUUUCGGAUAUGGAUAAAUUUCUUAUUCCUAACGCAAGUGAGGCAACUAAACUGAUCACGCAACAGAUUUUAAAACAAUUAAAAACGUCAGAUGAAUGUUAG